GCUACACGGCUAUAAAGCCUGCUCCUCCCAGCCGAGUCUUCGGCGGUACCACCACCCACAAUUACCUGACGCAAACCUUUGGAUAUGAGCAAGUCGGUCGAUCAAGAAAUCGGAAAGAGGAGCGUCCGCUCGGCUCUAGCUGUGCCUGAAGAUAUGAGCUCGCCGAGAGCUGAUGUCCCACCACAGAAGGUGUCGCUCUUCCGGCGGGUCAUCAACUACUACCUUCGACACUAUUCCAUCUUUGUUUUGAUAACAAGCUUGAUGCUUUCGAUCCCAAUUGCAAUCUACAAGUGGCAGAUUGCCUUUCAAGAUGAGGUUUCGAUCGCCGAGGAUCAUUUCCUAUUCACGGCCCAGACGAUGGCAACGGCAGUCGAAUCUAAACUCAAUAGCUCGAUAUUCUACACAAAGAUGAUGGCAAACUACUUCAUUGCUGAGAACGGGACUGUAUCAAGAAAGAAUUUCCAUACCGCGACAUCAACGUCUAUUUGGAGCAAUCCUUUCCUGCAGGCUGUCGAGUUCGCCCCCUACGUUACUUCAUACCAACAGAGGCUCAGCUGGGAAGCUGAGGGUCAACAAAACUACCUUCCAACCUUUACUUACACCGAGAAACUGGCAAACGGAACCCUCAUCGUUGCUCCCAAUGAGACUGUAUACUACGCUGUGCAGUACGCUGAACCAGUGGCCGGGAAUACGGCAGCAUUUGGAUACGAUCUGUAUUCGGAACCGAUUCGCCGAGCCGCUAUCGAUCAAGCGAUACAGACAGGGGGGAUUGCCUCCACCGCGCGUGUCAGACUCGUCCAGUCGGUUAUUCCGGAAUACGGGGCAUUGAUUAUGAUGCCACUGUAUGUUAGCAACGGCUCGGUGGUCACCGGCCUUUCAGGCACGACAAACCAGGCCUUUGGGAUCGUGAUCGGAGUGACCAAGAUAAGCAUGGUGAUCAAUGCUGCGCUUUCUGAACUGGCACUACCCGGGAACAUCGACUUGUUCCUGUUUGACAUGAGCAAUACCCCAGGAAAUCAGUAUCUUGGGCAUUACUCCAUCACUCCAUCGGCUCAGUAUGACAAUUUUACGUAUGCAAGUGCAAUGCUUCCAUCCAGCAUCUCGGGAGAUAUUUCAUACGCCUAUAGCAUCAACUCUGUCGAUAGGAGCUGGGCAGUCGUGAUCUCCGCUCGUACAGGAUUCAUCGAUUCACAGCAUACAUUCGUUCCAACCAAACUCUUACUACUUGGACUUCUGGAGCCUGCCCUCACACUCAUAUUCCAUUUGAGCCUGUUGCUGCUCCAGAAAAUCAAGAAAGGGUCUGAUGGUCGAUCUCGAUUUGAAUUAUCAUUCCGAGAGAUAUGAGAUGAUAAUAAGGCACAAUUAGAUCAUAGAGCCACACAAAUUGCCCAUUUGGUCACAGUUUGCAAGAAACAGCGCUGCCUGGAAUAAAAUGGAGAGGAAUCAUUGAAUAUCGUCCUAUUUUGCUUUACAGUCCCAAAGAAUCUCGAAAAAGAUAUGACCUUCAUAAAUUC